GCUACUUGCUUCCAUGCUCCCUUCACCCUCCGUGUUAUUGCGGAGGCUGCGCUCACUUUUUGUGUCUCUCGUCUCCGCACUCUCUCAGAUUUGUUGCUGCUGUGGGUUGCUAGAUCCCUCGCUCUUAUUCGACCACGCAUUCUCUCUCUCGCAAUGGCGUCCGAGGGUGUGCUUUUGGGCAUGGGAAACCCCCUGCUCGACAUCUCCUGCGUGGUCGACGACGCAUUCCUCGAGAAGUACGGGCUGACGCUAAACAACGCUAUUCUUGCUGAGGACAAGCACCUUCCCAUGUACAAGGAACUGGCUGCCAAUCCCGAUGUAGAGUACAUUGCAGGAGGUGCUACUCAGAACACCAUCAGGAUUGCCCAGUGGAUGCUAGGUGAAUCGAACGCAACUAGCUACUUUGGCUGUGUUGGCAAGGAUGAGUAUGGCGACCGUAUGUUCAAGCUCGCCUCUGAGGGAGGUGUCAAUAUCCGAUACGAUGUGGACGAGGAUCUUCCCACUGGAACAUGCGGCGUGCUCGUGGUGAAGGGAGAGAGGUCCUUGGUAGCCAAUCUUUCAGCCGCCAACAAAUACAAGAUCGACCACUUGAAGAAGCCAGAAAACUGGGCUUUCGUGGAGAAGGCAAAGUACAUCUACAGCGCCGGUUUCUUCCUGACUGUUUCACCGGAAUCUAUGAUGACCGUGGCCAAACAUGCUGCCGAGACCGGAAAAUACUACAUGAUCAACUUAGCCGCUCCGUUCAUCUGCCAGUUCUUUAAGGACCCUCUUAUGGAGCUUUUCCCUUACGUGGAUUUCAUUUUCGGCAACGAGAGCGAGGCCAGAGCAUUUGCGCAAGUUCAAGGCUGGGAGACAGAGGACACCAAGGUGAUAGCCGUAAAGUUGGCUGCGUUACCGAAAGCUGGCGGCACCCACAAGCGUGUCGCUGUCAUCACCCAGGGAACUGACCCCACAAUUGUUGCUGAAGAUGGAAAGGUGACUGAAUUCCCCGUCACCCCUAUUCCUAAGGAGAAGUUGGUCGACACUAAUGCAGCUGGUGACUCUUUUGUCGGAGGGUUCUUGUCUCAGCUGGUGUUGGGUAAAGACAUCGCACAGUGCGUCAGAGCAGGAAACUACGCAGCCAGCGUCAUCAUCCAGCGCUCUGGAUGCACUUUCCCUUCCAAACCAUCCUUCGAAAGUCAGUAGAAAAUUGUUAGGGUAGGGGUGAGGAAAUUUGCCGCCCCUUUUUUUUGUCACAGCAUCUAUCAUGCAAUACAACUGGGUUGCCAUAUCAUCAAUUUCUACCUUA